AUGUUGACUCCGAUAUUUGUCUGCGACCAGGAUGAAUCGUUUGUCAUUGUUUCCAUAACGCUCUCAGCUCUCUGCAAGGUGACAACAGCCAUAUUCAGCAUACUAGGCCAGCAGUUUGCGUUUCACUGCGCCCCAUAUUAUCUGCGCCUCAAGUUUGAUCAGCGCAUUGUUGAGGGACGUAAUGAACGCGCAACGUACGCAGUUGAGACGCAUGUCCUGACCGUAUACAUCCCGAAGGAGCACAGCAACGAGCUGUUCACGCAGCUGGACAACCCCGCCUACCUCCUAGCCACGGAUAAAGAACGCCAGCAGAUGAUACAGCUAGUCGGGGGUAGUAACAUGCAGAGGGAGGAUCCCGCAGCACUUGACGAAGAUGAAACAGAGUUUCGUCAGCAACUGUCUUCUGCACGUGGGACAGCAGAGGGUUGCGGUGAUUACGGUUUCGCAGGAACUUUUUCGGGGUUGUUUGCCUCCGUUGAUGCUGGUAUCGCUGCUGAAGUGCUUGACUUACCGCGUAACCCUGACGACACAACACCGGCCGAGCGGCGGCAGCUUCGCUUGGAAGCAGAAGAGCACGCCUUUGAUGAGGACGCUCUGCUCUUAAGCUUUGAAGACGCUGAGGGAGAAGUGACGCGCUUGCUGCAGUACGUGCCUCAACAUCGUGCGGACUACGUUACCGCUUUGGAUGCGGAGGGGGUUCGCUACAUUGUUCCUUCCACACCAGUGGGGGGGAAUGCCAAUACUGCUAGUACUACUACUACUGCGGCUGCUGCAGACGACUGCCUCGACAAGGGUGUGCUUGAGGAGGAGGAUGUCGUAUUGCCAUUUUUCACUGGGGUUGUGGAUGUAUGGGCCGGAAAUAUUGGGGUGUUUAAACGUCCCCUCGUCGAGGAGGUUCCACAGCCGGUACUGUCAGACAUGGAGGUGCCAAUUGAAAUCACCAAGGCGACGGUUUUAGCGUCUCCUGCCGGAUCUCUCGCUAUUCCGCAAAAGCGUCCGCGUGUCUCGUUCACUUUUGAAGAGCAGGCGGUGCUGAUGAAUAUUAAAGCACCACGUUUGUUGUUUCCACCCGCUGCGCACAUGGUUGACGCGCUCACAGUGGACAUUUUGUUUUCCGAGGCCUACGAUGACAUUGUGACGGAAGGGACUGGCUGUAGCGAGUCCCUGUGGAAUGUCUGCAAACUAAGCCCGGCACUCUCCUGGUUGGACCCGGCGGAGAAUGUGUACGACGCCUGUGUUUUUUUUGCACGUCGAGCUCUCAUCUAUCCACUGCACCGUAAUUUUGCCCUGAUUCAGCGCGUCUUUUCCUCGGUUGGGGUGCGGCUGCUGUUGGGGAAAUCGUACGUCGUAAAGGCCUUGCUGCGUGUGCGCGACAUACUCGCCCACGCGGAGCACCGUCACGUGCUUGUCACCCUUUUUUUGACCCCUCUGAUUGGAUACUGGCUGGGCGUUCAGGACGCCGACGAGCGGUUGCUUCGCCUUGCGUUGGAGCUGCAUGCGCAUGUCACGCGUGCAGAGCCCGAGAUGGAGACGGCUGCCUCCACCUCCUCGCUGCUUGUGCAACAGAAGAGGCGACUGCUCCCGCUGGGUUUGCUUAGUCUUGGCCUGCCGAUUUCUUGA